AUGGCUCAAAUAGACAUAGUACGUCUAAGGAGAUACGAAGUCCCUAUUAAGAGAGUUGCCAGAAAUCUGUGCAUAGAUCCAGCACUCAUUGCUGCAAUCAUCUCUGUGGAGAGUCGUGCUGGAGCUAUUCUAGUCGAUGGCUGGAACCGUGAAAGAAACCGAUAUGGCUUGAUGCAGGUUCAUACACACUACAAUACAAUUCCUGGAGCCUGGGAUAGUGAAGAACAUAUAACUCAAGGUGCAACUAUUCUAAUUACUGAAAUUAAGGCAUUACAGACAAAGUACCCUACCUGGUCAUGGCAACAAUAUCUCAGAGGUGGGAUUUGUGCCUAUCAUGACAAAGUUAGGAACAUCCAGGUCUAUGAUGGAAUGGACAGCUGCAAUUCGAGCAAUGAUUAUGUUAAUAAUGUUAUUAUUCGAGCCAAAUAUCUGCAGAAUAAUGGAUUCCGAGUUUUAGUGUAA